AUAAAACGAGGCGCACUCGUUUCUAAAAUAUCUGCUUCUCCUCUUUAAACCCUAAUACACUUUCUAGGGUUUUUGACGAUUCCUUUUUCUCUGCCGCUCUCUCCCUCUCUUAACAUCAUCUGUUAUGGGUAAAUCAAGCAAGAAGGCCGCUAAGGUCGAAGCAGCUGCUGUCGUCGCUGCUCCCACCAAGCCUUUGAAGAAAGGCAAGAGAGAGGCAGAGGAAGCUAUUGAGAAGAAAGUGGUGAGUGCUAAGAAACAGAAGGUGGAAGAAAAGAAGGUUGAGGCCAAAAUUGAAAAGAAGGUCCUUAAGAAGAAGGUCGAGUCUUCUUCUUCUGAAGAUGACUCUUCUUCUGAAGAUGAGCAACCUCCCAAGACUAAGGCACCACUUGCCAAGAAUGGGUCUGCUAAGUCAGACUCAGAGGAAAGCAGUGGUUUAGAGGAAGAUGUUCCUAAGAAGGCCCCUGCUGCUGCUGCCAAGAAGAAAGAGGAGUCCUCUGAUUCUUCUGACGAUGAUAGUAGCUCUGAUGAGGAUGUUGCCCCAGCCAAGAAACCUGCAGCCCCAGUUAAGAAGGCAGCUGUACCUGCAGCAAAGAAAGAUGAGUCAUCAUCCGAAGAAGAGUCCAGUUCUGAUGAGGAUGAUGCUCCAGCCAAGAAAGCUCCUGUGACCGCCCCUGCUGCAGCCAAGAAGAAAGAGGAAUCCUCUGAUUCUGAGGAAGAUAGCAGUUCUGAUGAGGAUGUUGCCUCAGCCAAGAAAGCAGCUCCAGCUCCGGUUAAGAAGGCAGCCGCCCCUGCCAAGAAAGAUGAAUCUUCGUCUGAGGAAGAGUCCAGUUCUGAUGAGGAGGAUGCUCCGGCCAAGAAAGCUCCUGCUGCCACCCCUGCUGCAGCUCCCAAGAAGAAAGAGGAGUCCAGUGAUGAAUCUGAUUCAGACGAAAGCUCUGAUGAGGAAGAAGCACCCAAGGCUGCUUCAUUGAAGAGACCCAUUGCAGAUGCUAAAAAGGCCAAGGAGGAAAGUUCUGAUGAUGAUAGUGAUGAGAGUUCUGAAGAAAGUGAUGAUGAACCUCAGAAAAAGAAGAUUAAAGGCCAAGCAAAGAAGAGUGCCAGUUCCGAAGAGUCCUCUGAGGAAGAUGAGUCUUCAGAGGAAGAAGAUGAAAAACCUGCUAAGACUCCCAAGAAAACAAGUGGAGAUGUUCAAAUGAUGGAUGUUGACAAUACUCCCAAGACACCUGCCACACCCAAUGUGCAAUCUGGAGGUUCAAAAACUCUAUUUGUUGGAAACUUAUCCUUCUCUGUUGAGCAAGCUGAUGUUGAGAACUUCUUCAAAUCUGCUGGGGAAGUUGUAGAUGUCCGUUUUGCUAUGGGUCAAGAUAAUUCAUUCAGGGGCUUUGGUCAUGUUGAGUUUGCUACCGCUGAAGCAGCGGCAAAGGCAUUGGAAUUGAAUGGUCAAGAGUUGUUGGGUCGUGAAGUGAGACUUGACCUUGCUAAAGAAAGGGGUGCUGCCACUCCGUUCAGCGGUGGCCGGGAUUCACAAUCCUUCCAGAGGGGAGGAGGAGCUCAGGGACAAACAGCAUUUGUUCGCGGAUUUAACAAAUUUGACAGUGAAGACCAGAUUAGGAGCGCCCUGGAGGAGCAUUUCAGCGACUGUGGCGAAAUCACCCGAGUUUCUAUCCCCAAAGAUCAGGAGGGUGGUGUUAAAGGUAUUGCUUACCUUGAUUUCAAGGAAGGAGAUGGCUUCAACAAAGCUUUGGAGCUAAGUGGAUCCCAACUCGGAGACAGCACCUUGUAUGUUGAUGAGGCCAAGCCAAGGGAUAAUAAUGCUUCUGGUGGCGGCAGAGGGGGUGGUAGAGGCUUUGGAAGAAGUGGCGGUCGGGACUCUGGUGGCCGAUUCGGAGGUGGCGGGCGCCGUGGUGGUGGCCGUGGCGGUCGGGACUCUGGUGGUCGUUUUGGUGGCGGUGGCAGAGGACGUGGAUUCGGCAACAAACCCAGCUUUACUCCAUCUGGAAAGAAAACCACAUUCAGCGAUGAGUAGACGUUGUCAUAAUUUCUGAAAUAUUUAUGAAUACUAUGCCGAGUUUUGUUUAUUUACUCUUUAGGCAUUAUAAUUUUUAUUUUCGUGUGGAUUUGGAUCUUGUAAGCUUUAUGCUUAGACAAUUUAUUGAGUUGCAAAUUUUUAUACAUCUUCAUAGUAUUAAUUA